AUGACGAGGGAAAAUGGUGAUAGAGGGCUAGCUAUGGUUACACGUAGUGGAAAGGUGGCGGUAGGUGAUGUGAAAGGGCAUGAUGAAGCACAAACUCGCGAAGUAGACAAGGGCAUUGAGGAAGAUGAAACACCCAUCCAACAAAGUGUUGCCAAGGAGUUACAAACAAACGUACCAAAAAGCCCUCCAAUGUCAAAAGUGGCGCAACCUCUUCCCAAAGUUACCCCUCUAUUUCCCCAACAUCUUAAGAAGAAGAACAAAGAUGAAAAGUUCAAGAAAUUCUUGUCGGUGUUUAAGACACUAUCGAUUAAUCUCUCUCUAGUGGAAGCAUUGUUGGAGAUGCCGGGUUAUGCCAAGUUUAUGAAGGAGUUAGUCACCAAGAAAAGAAGCUUGGACUUUGAAAAAAUUGAAGUCUCUCAUAGUCGUAGUGCAAUUAUGACUAAUGAGACGAUAAAAAAGAAGGAAGAUCUCGGAGCUUUCACUAUCGAUAUGGUCAAAUUCGCCAAGGCUCUAUGUGAUUUGGGAGCAAGUAUAAACGUAAUGUCAUACGCAAUCUAUAAGCAACUUGGAUUGGGUGAACCAAAGUCAACAACAAUGAGGCUUUUGAUGUCAGAUCGAUCUAUCAAGCACCCCGUGGGAAUACUCUAUUAUAUCUUGGUAAAGGUUUGCCGAUUCAUUUUUUCGGCUGAUUUCAUCAUCCUUGAUUGUGAGAUUGAUGCGGAAAUUCCCAUUAUUCUAGGAAGGCCUUUCCUAGCGACCGGAAGAGUGUUAGUGGAUGUUAAAAGUGCAGAGUUGAAAUUCUGGGUGAAUGAAGAUGAAGUAACCUUUAAUGUUUGUAAGUCAAUGAAGCACCCAAGCGAUAUUCACGUUGUCUCUACUAUUGAGGUUUAG